AUGCCUUCCGCUAACCCGGUGACCAUAGUGGUCGAGCAUUUGGACCCUGAACUGGGUGACUGGUCUGCUUUGGAAUAUAGCUGCAUCGCUCGUGAAUCACACACGGCAGGCAGCCGAUUUCUCCUCAGCUCAGUGCCCACGUCUCUGCAGAUGCCAGAGGACCUGGCUACUACGAAAGGGUUCGAGGUUGAGCACCGGAGUAUCGAGGAGAUCUUCGCGGACCGGAAAUCAAGGGUCUGUCUGUUGGACCCGUCUGCCCAGGUUGAGCUGAGUCCCGCAGAUGGGGAGAUUUUUGAUGUGUUUCUUUUCGGAGGCAUUCUUGGCGAUGACCCUCCUCGUGGUAAAUUCUACGCUGAAAUUAAUGGCCCUACUCUCGCUAACCUCAUGGAUGCAGAUCGGACAUCGGAACUGAGGAAGAAAGGCUAUGCUGGAAGGCGAUUGGGCCCUAAGCAGAUGACCACUGAUACGGCAGUGCGAGUAACACGCAUGGUGGUUCACGAAAAAGUACCGCUGGAGCAAAUCCAAUAUGUCGACUACCCGGAGAUUCUUAUCAACGAACAUGAACGGACAGAGAUGCCAUUUCGAUAUGUUAAAGGAGAUCAUGGACAGCCUAUUAUGCCCCAGGGAAUGAUUGAUCUUAUAAAGAAGGAUGCUGACCAAGGCAUUGAUGAUCUCGUUUGA